UCAUCCCUUUCACUUCACUCAAUUCAAACUCCAAAAUCCCCCCAAUUUCUGAAAUUUUCCCUUCAAUGGCACCAAAGGCAGAGAAGAAACCCGCAGAGAAGAAGCCAGCAGCUGAGAAAGCUCCUGUCGCUGCCGCUGAGAAAUCAAAAGCCGGCAAGAAGCUACCCAAGGACGGCGGAGCUGCUGCUGCCGGAGACAAGAAGAAGAAGAGAUCGAAGAAGUCGAUCGAGACUUACAAGAUCUACAUCUUCAAGGUGCUGAAACAGGUUCAUCCAGAUAUAGGAAUUUCAAGCAAGGCUAUGGGAAUCAUGAACAGCUUCAUCAAUGAUAUCUUCGAGAAGCUUGCUCAGGAGUCUUCUAGGCUUGCUAGGUACAACAAAAAGCCUACCAUCACUUCUCGGGAGAUUCAAACUGCUGUCCGAUUGGUCCUUCCCGGUGAAUUGGCUAAGCACGCCGUCUCUGAGGGUACUAAGGCUGUUACCAAAUUCACUAGCUCAUAGAGAUUUGUUAGUUUUGUAUCAAUUUUUCUGUUGGAUUUAUGAUUUUCGAUUAGGUUUGGUAAUGUAAAGAACAGAAAAAUUGAAUAUAGAAUAGAUUUGAGUGAUUGCAGUAAAUGAAAUUGUUAUAUCCAAUUUUUUCUAUUCUAAUA